GAGCAGGUCUCGAACCCUCGACCUUCGGAAAAAAAAGCAUGCUCGUGCGGCAUAGUCGAUUUCCGCGGUUAUAAACCCAGGGUCGUUACACUAUUCUAACAGCUGAUAGAGCUGUGAUCAUGAUUGAUAACUUCCAAUUGCAUUAACUAAACAUGGCCAUUAAUAAUUGUAUAAUAACACAAGGCUACAACAACAAUAAACUGAAGUUAUAGCCUAUUUAUUAAAUCAGUUUGCCAGCUCCGGUAGGCUACACAAGUGCAGCGCUCAGUCUCAACAUACGCACACCCCUCCGCCCCCACCCCACCACUAACACACUCAGCAACAGGCUGCCUUACUACCUGAUAGUGAGCAGCAGCAGGUCACAGUGAAAUAUUUGAAAGAAAAAUGCCAUGGCGGCCGCGGUGCAAUUUAGAAGUAGCCCAAAAACCUGCAACCCGCGAUCAAUACAGUUUGACCGGCGACAUCGUUUUGAAAGUAGCCAAUCAGGCAGCAAACUGGAGAUCGCAACCCUGCCUGCCAGAGUGCUGCUGUAUAAAGAGAAUAAAGAUAGUAUCUCCUAGCAACGCGAAUUCUAUCAACAAUACGUUAUGGGAUAUUCGUAUACGUCACUGUUGCCAUAGCUACGUCUCUGUCAAAUACACAGGUUUCAUUUCUUGUGUCAGGGGAGGCUAAAAUAAACAAUGGCUGAAAAAAAGUUCAAAGGAGCUCCGUUUGGAACACAGACAUCGAGGUUUGAUGUGUCAGCGGUCCAUCCAGCCAAUAAGAGAGUAGGGACCUACACAGAGAUCCCCUACUGCAAAAAUAUGACCAAUGACCUGGAGAGGCGGCUGGGGCCGGGGUACUAUGAUGCUGCAGGCCAUGGGGACUUCAGUAAACGGUCGGUGGCAGAGCGGGCCAAAGGGCCGGGGUGGCAGAGGGCCCAGGAGACUGCCAGGUUGGCAGCCAUACCUCACCUCCUCUACAGGGAGGCCUGGGAAAACAAACGCUUCCUGAAAACUAAAGUGGGUCCAGGAACCUACAGAGUAGCAGACUUUAUAGAGGAGCUGCAGAAGAAACCAGGCAGUGUGAGAGGAGUGUGUGACAGCAGGGAAGAGCGGUUCAGAAAUGCACAGAGCUGGACGCCAGGCCCUGGUUGCUAUGGUAAUAGGGGUGUUCCAUGGGCAGCGCUGGAGGAGAAGAGGUCGGGGUUAAAUGGGGCUCCUAGCAUGCACCUCAGCUCCUCACUGCAACGCUUCCCAGAAGGCAACAGUACAGACUGUGGGCUGAGUCCCUGUACCUAUACUCUAAAGAGCAGCACAGAGGCGUUGUUGGCCAGCGGCAGCAGCAGGAGAGGUGCAUAUGACCUCUUCACUGGACCACGAGACAAACCCAUCACCGCUGGAUACUUCGCUACCCCGAAGUGUGUAAAUCUAACUCCAGGGGAGUACCCUGGUGGGUGUGGGGGCUUUGGAGAGGAGUUGUGUCGUCGUGAAAAGCGGAACCACGGUGUGUUUGGAAUGUUGGAUCAGUACCCAGUUGUUCCAACAGAGAGAAUCUACCACAGCACCCUGUCCCAAUGCCCUCGACCUGCUACGUUCCCAGGGCCAGGGUGGUAUGAGGUCGUCUCUCCACAGUCCCGUCCAGAGAGUCACACCCAUCCCCCCUUCCUCUCCUCUGCCCCCCGUGCCAGCCGUAGGACAGAAAGAUUGCAGAACGGAAAUUAUAGCAUGGUUGGUCCUGGUCGUUAUGACAUUGCAGAAAAGGGGUGGAGUAAGACUGACAAUGGCUACACCUCCUCCUUCAAUUCCCGGACACAGAGAUAUCUUCACAAACCAGACAGAGACAAACACACACAGGAGAGGUUGCGUGCGAUAAAUGUUCCGGUGGACAGACUGAGUUUCCUGGUGCAGCCUGGAAGGAACACUUUGAUGAAAUCAGCUUAGACACACACACACACACAUACACACACACACAUCGAAGCAGCAUGGAACAAAAACUCCGGAUACAUGUUUUACAACCCAGCAGAUUUCAAGUUUAGUUUUUCAACUAUAUUAAAAUCAAUAUUGAUCAACAUGAGAUGUUUUUAUGUUUGGUAGAAAGUAGUAGAGAUUUGCUGUGGACAAAACCAACUUUAUUAUCAUCAUACACCAACAAAAACAUUUGUGGACAAUAGCAGUGAUCUCCUUUCUCUCUGCCAGGCAGUAGAAAUAACCAGAUUAGGGUUGGGGGUCAGAACAGGCAGGUGUUGGGGUUAGGGGUCAGAAGUUGUACACUACUGUUCAAAAGUUUGGGGUCAAUUAGAAAUGUCCUUGU